UUAGACAUACCAUACAGAAUGUAUGGACAUAUGCUAUCAAUGCCUUCCUCAUGGAGGCAAGUGUCCUCUGUGUAGCUGCAUGCCAAGCCUUCCUAAAUAUGCCCUAAUGCCACUUGUAACCACAUAGGAAGACUAAGAAAUGCAUAUGUGUUUGUUAGGGGGCUCUGAUUUUAGACAGGAAAAAAUAUGAAACAAAAAAAACCCACACCACACUAAACAGUAACAUGUGGCCUAGGCAAAGUUCCCUGCCACGCUGCGCAGGUCAUGGGCGCCCCUCAGGCCGGGCCGCACCCUGCCCCCUCAUACAGGAGCUGCAGCGGGCACCAGGAACGGCACCGGCCCCAGUGCCCGUUCGUUGCUGCUGCAGGCGGGCGCCUGCUGCCCCCGGCCCCGGCAGUAUCCGGCGCGGCAAAGAGGCCGCUUUAGCUCCGCCACCCCCUCCAAGCGGCCCUUCCUGCCGCCAUGGCCUGGCGGCGCUGUCCCCUCCCGGCUGUUGCUCCUCCUCCUCCCCGCUCUGUCCCAGGGCGCAGGACUGACAUCACGCCUAGGGUUUCCAUCCGACUAAGGGAGGGGGAGGAGGUUGAGCGGAGUGGCAGCGUGAUGGCGGUGGUCGGCAGGACUUAAGAAACGGCGGCGGAGCAACACAGCAUCUACUCUCCAAGCUUCUCCCUGCCUGGUUUGGGGCCCUAUUGUUCAAGCUGGUGGGGGCUGCAGGCGAGCCCGCCGCGUGGGGCUGUAAGGAGCCAGCGGCCCAGGCCCUGUGGCGGCCGCAGGAGCAGCCUCCGACCCUAGGUUGCAGCACAGACCUCUUCGUGGGGUGUAGCGCCGUCUCGGACCAGGGCAGCCCUAGGGAGGCCGGGCCGGGCGCACACACGCAGUGGCCCUGGUGUCUGAGAUGGUGCCUGAGCGCAGGGCUUUUUCUGCCCGGAACGAGGCGGCCCCCGCCUCCAUAAUGAGCUGUAGGUCGGGCUGUAUUAGAGAAGAGCACCUCGAGGUAAUUUGGGAAAAAUCUUCAAUACCUGCAGAGAACAGUUGAGUAAACAAGUCACCUGGAAAACAGAGUAUCAAGAAGUAGAUUCUUGACAUCUGCCUUCUAACCUGAGUGGACUUCUAUUUAUCUUUUAAACUUCUUAAUAUUUACAAUGAAUGGGCACAGUGAUGAAGACAUUGUAAGAAACAGUAGUGGAGAGUCAAGCCAAUCAGAUGAUGAUUCUGGGUCAGCAUCAGCUUCUGGAUCUGGUUCAAGCUCUGGAAGCAGUAGUGAUGGAAGUAGCAGUCAAUCAUGUAGCAGUGGCUCCGAGUCUGGUUCAGAGUCAGGCAGUCAAUCAGAAUCAGAGUCUGACACAUCUAGAGAGAAGAAACAAGUUCAAGCUAAACCACCACCAAAAGUUGAUGGAUCUGAGUUUUGGAAGUCCAGUCCAACUAUACUUGCUGUGCAGAGAUCAGCAGUGCUCAAGAAGCAACAACAGCAGAAGGCAGCCUCAUCAGACAGCAGUUCAGAAGAGGAUUCAUCAAGCAGUGAAGAUUCUGCAGAUGACUCUUCCAGUGAAACCAAGAAGAAAAAACAUAGAGAUGAAGACUGGCAAAUGUCUGUGUCAGGGUCAGUAUCAGGAACUGGUUCUGAUUCUGAAUCGGAGGAAGAUAGAGAGAAAAGCAGUUGUGAAGAUAGUGAAUCUGACUAUGAGCCAAAAAACAAGGUCAAAAGCCAGAAACCUCCAAGCAGAAUUGAGCCAAAAAGCAGCAAAAAGAUUGCAGGACAGAAAAAGAGGCAGCUUGAUUCAUCAGAUGAUGAUGACUAUGACAAGAGAGGAUCUCGUCGCCAGGCAACAGUCAAUGUUAGUUACAAAGAAACUGAAGAAACCAAGACAGAUUCUGAUGACUUGUUGGAAGUUUGUGGAGAAGAUGUCCCGCAGCCUGAAGAAGAUGAAUUUGAAACUAUAGAGAAGUUUAUGGAUAGUCGAAUUGGCCGAAAAGGAGCCACUGGUGCUGCAACCACCAUCUAUGCAGUUGAGGCAGAUGGUGACCCAAAUACUGGGUUUGAAAAGUCAAAGGAGCUAGGAGAAAUACAGUAUCUUAUUAAAUGGAAAGGCUGGUCACACAUCCACAAUACUUGGGAAACUGAGGAAACACUGAAGCAACAAAAUGUUAAAGGAAUGAAGAAACUAGACAACUAUAAGAAAAAGGAUCAGGAAACAAAACGCUGGCUGAAAAAUGCUUCUCCAGAAGAUGUGGAAUAUUAUAACUGCCAGCAGGAACUUACAGAUGAUCUACAUAAACAGUACCAAAUAGUGGAAAGGAUAAUUGCUCAUUCAAAUCAGAAAUCAGCAGCUGGUUAUCCAGAUUACUAUUGCAAAUGGCAGGGUCUGCCUUACUCAGAAUGUAGCUGGGAAGACGGUGCUCUCAUUGCCAAAAAAUUUCAGGCGUGUAUUGAUGAGUAUUUUAGCAGAAAUCAAUCCAAGACCACUCCGUUUAAGGACUGCAAGAUUCUAAAACAGAGGCCGAGGUUUGUUGCACUAAAGAAGCAACCAUCUUAUAUUGGAGGACAUGAGAGUUUAGAGUUAAGAGAUUAUCAGUUAAAUGGACUGAACUGGCUUGCUCACUCGUGGUGCAAAGGGAAUAGUUGUAUUCUUGCAGAUGAAAUGGGUCUGGGUAAAACAAUACAAACAAUUUCUUUUCUGAACUACCUGUUUCACGAACAUCAACUGUAUGGGCCUUUCUUGCUAGUCGUGCCACUUUCUACCUUGACAUCUUGGCAAAGAGAGAUUCAAACUUGGGCUCCUCAGAUGAAUGCUGUGGUUUACUUAGGAGAUAUAACUAGCAGAAAUAUGAUAAGAACUCAUGAAUGGAUGCAUCCACAGACCAAGCGAUUAAAAUUUAAUAUACUUCUAACAACUUAUGAAAUUUUGCUGAAGGAUAAGUCAUUCCUUGGUGGUCUGAAUUGGGUAUUUAUAGGAGUUGACGAAGCUCAUCGUUUAAAAAAUGAUGAUUCCCUUCUGUACAAGACUUUAAUAGACUUUAAGUCUAAUCAUCGUCUUCUUAUUACUGGAACCCCUCUGCAAAACUCCCUCAAAGAGCUUUGGUCUUUGCUGCACUUCAUCAUGCCAGAAAAGUUUUCUUCCUGGGAAGAUUUCGAAGAGGAGCAUGGCAAAGGGAGAGAGUUUGGUUAUGCAAGUCUUCACAAAGAACUUGAACCAUUUCUACUCAGAAGAGUUAAAAAAGAUGUAGAAAAGUCUUUACCUGCUAAGGUUGAACAAAUUUUGAGGAUGGAAAUGAGUGCGUUGCAGAAGCAAUAUUACAAGUGGAUUUUAACCAGGAAUUAUAAAGCCCUGAGUAAAGGUUCAAAAGGCAGUACCUCAGGCUUUUUGAACAUCAUGAUGGAACUCAAGAAGUGUUGUAACCAUUGCUACCUCAUUAAACCACCGGAUGAUAAUGAAUUCUAUAAUAAACAGGAGGCCUUACAGCAUUUAAUACGUAGCAGUGGGAAACUAAUCCUUCUUGACAAGCUACUGAUUCGUCUACGAGAACGUGGCAACAGAGUACUGAUUUUCUCUCAGAUGGUGAGGAUGCUAGACAUCCUAGCAGAGUAUCUGAAGUAUCGUCAGUUUCCCUUUCAGAGACUUGAUGGAUCAAUAAAAGGGGAAUUGAGGAAACAAGCACUGGAUCAUUUUAAUGCAGAAGGAUCAGAGGACUUCUGCUUUUUGCUGUCUACCAGAGCUGGAGGAUUAGGUAUAAACUUGGCAUCUGCUGACACUGUAGUUAUAUUUGAUUCUGACUGGAAUCCACAGAAUGAUCUGCAAGCGCAGGCUAGAGCUCAUAGGAUUGGACAGAAGAAACAGGUUAAUAUUUAUCGGCUAGUCACAAAAGGAUCAGUAGAAGAAGAUAUUCUUGAAAGAGCCAAGAAAAAGAUGGUGCUAGAUCACUUAGUAAUUCAGAGAAUGGACACUACAGGGAAAACCGUACUACAUACAGGCUCUACCCCUUCCAGCUCAACACCUUUUAAUAAGGAAGAGUUAUCAGCGAUUUUGAAGUUCGGUGCUGAGGAACUUUUUAAAGAACCUGAAGGGGAAGAAGAGGAGCCUCAGGAAAUGGAUAUAGAUGAAAUCCUGAAGAGGGCUGAAACUCGAGAAAAUGAGCCAGGCCCACUAACUGUAGGAGAUGAGUUGCUUUCACAGUUCAAGGUGGCUAACUUUUCCAAUAUGGAUGAAGAUGACAUUGAGUUGGAACCAGAACAAAAUUUAAGAAACUGGGAAGAAAUCAUUCCAGAAGUCCAGCGGCGACGAAUAGAAGAGGAGGAAAGACAAAAAGAGCUUGAAGAAAUAUAUAUGCUCCCAAGGAUGAGAAACUGUGCAAAACAGAUCAGCUUUAAUGGAAGUGAAGGGAAACGCAGUAGGAGCAGAAGAUAUUCUGGAUCUGAUAGUGACUCCAUCUCAGAAAGAAAACGACCAAAAAAACGUGGACGACCACGAACUAUUCCUCGAGAAAAUAUUAAAGGAUUUAGCGAUGCAGAGAUUAGGCGGUUUAUCAAGAGUUACAAGAAAUUUGGUGGCCCACUUGAAAGGUUAGAUGCUAUAGCUAGAGAUGCUGAACUAGUUGAUAAAUCUGAGACGGACCUUAGACGUCUGGGAGAACUUGUACAUAAUGGAUGCAUUAAGGCUUUAAAAGACAAUUCCUUUGGACAAGAAAGAGCAGGAGGUAGACUCGGGAAAGUUAAAGGCCCAACAUUCCGAAUAUCAGGAGUGCAAGUGAAUGCAAAGCUAGUCAUCUCUCAUGAAGAAGAGUUGGCACCAUUGCACAAAUCCAUUCCUUCAGAUCCAGAAGAAAGGAAAAGAUAUGUCAUCCCAUGCCACACCAAGGCAGCUCAUUUUGAUAUAGAUUGGGGUAAGGAAGAUGAUUCCAAUCUGCUAAUAGGUAUCUAUGAAUAUGGCUAUGGCAGCUGGGAAAUGAUAAAAAUGGAUCCUGAUCUGAGUUUGACACAGAAGAUUUUACCUGAUGAUCCAGAUAAGAAACCCCAGGCCAAGCAGUUACAGACCCGUGCAGAUUACCUCAUUAAAUUACUGAAUAAAGACCUUGCAAGAAAAGAAGCGCAAAGACUUACUGGUGCGGGCAAUUCAAAGAGGAGGAAAACAAGAACUAAGAAGAAUAGAGCAACAAAGGCUGCAAAAAUUAAAGAAGAAAUAAAAAGUGACUCCUCAUCACCACCCUCAGAAAAAUCUGAUGAAGAUGAUGAGGAUAAUGAGGAUGAGAUUGUUUCAGUGAAACAUCCGCAUAAAAAAAUAAAAGCAGAAGAAGAAAAUGAAGAAAAGCCUGAACCAGACAUUGGUAUAAAGAAGGAAGCUGAAGAAAAAAGAGAGACAAAAGAAAAAGAAAAUAAGAGGGAUUUGAAAAGGGAGAAAAAAGAAAAAGAGGAUAAGAAAGAAUUUAAAAAUAUUAAAGAAAAGAGAGAAAACAAAGUAAAAGAAUCUACACAGAAAGAAAAAGAAGUAAAGGAAGAAAAGGUAAAUGAAAUCAAAACUGAAAAUAAAGAAAAAAAUAAAAAAGUUUCAUUGUUGGAUAUUCCAGUUCAUAUUACUGCAACUAGUGAACCAGUUCCUAUAUCUGAAGAAUCUGAAGAACUGGAUCAGAAGACAUUCAGUGUGUGCAAAGAAAGAAUGAGGCCUGUCAAAGCAGCAUUGAAACAACUGGAUAGACCAGAGAAAGGCCUUUCUGAAAGGGAACAGCUGGAGCAUACUAGACAGUGCCUAAUCAAAAUUGGGGACCACAUUACUGAAUGUCUAAAGGAGUACACAAAUCCUGAACAAAUUAAACAGUGGAGAAAAAACUUGUGGAUUUUUGUCUCUAAGUUUACAGAAUUUGAUGCCAGAAAGCUGCACAAGCUGUAUAAACAUGCAAUCAAAAAACGCCAAGAAUCUCAGCAACACAGUGACCAGAAUACUAGCAGCAACAUGAAUACACAUGUAAUUAGAAAUCCAGAUGUUGAAAGACUGAAAGAGAAUACAAACCAUGAUGACAGUAGCAGGGACAGUUAUUCUUCUGAUAGAUAUUUGUCACAAUACCAUGAUCAUCGUAAGGACAGGCAUCAGGGAGAUGCAUAUAAGAAAAGUGACUCUAGGAAAAGGUCCUAUUCAGCCUUCAGCAAUGGAAAAGACCACAGAGACUGGGAUCACUAUAAACAAGACAGCAGAUACUAUAGUGAUAGUAAACAUAGAAAGUUGGAUGACCACAGGAGCAGAGAUCACAGGUCAAACCUGGAAGGAAGUUUAAAAGACAGUCAGCCUCAUUCAGAUCACCAUUCCCAUUCAGACCACAGGAUACAUUCAGAUCACCGUUCCACUUCAGAGUACAGCCAUCAUAAAUCUUCCAGAGAUCAUAGGUACCACUCAGACUGGCAAAUGGACCACAGAGCUUCUGGUAGUGGCCCAAGAUCACCGUUAGAUCAGAGGUCUCCUUAUGGUUCAAGAUCUCCUUUAGGACGCAGAUCUCCAUUUGAACACUCAUCAGAUCACAAAAGUACACCUGAACAUACAUGGAGUAGCCGGAAAACAUAACAAAGACUGACAUUUUCUGGACCUUCUUUUAGCCAUAUACAGUAAGCUAACACGGUAAUUGCCUUAUGUGACUUGAAAGAUAUGGACUGGAUAUUCUGUCAGUAGCAGUAUUGUUACUUCUUUCCAGGGUGCAAGGUCUAUUAUCCCAACAAUAGAAAAAUAUUUUUGUAUUUAAAGUUUAUGCUGCAAUGUGCUGCAAAUGUUGUAGCACUUCCCCCCCCCUUUAAGAAAUGGAAAAUGUUUACUUUUACAGGGACCUCAACACUGCCCCAUUCAGACUGGAUCUCAUAAAACUGUUUUUAGGCUGAAUACAGUUUAAAUUAUGUUUGCAAAUGAAUUUUUAAACACUGACCUGUGAUCAUGUUUCAGGAAGGAAUGAGGAGUUUGUUUUGUUUUCUUAGUAAAGAAUUCUCAAGGACUUUUGUUCACUUUCCAAAGCUAUUUGUUUACAUUGUACACUGCAACCACCUUGCCGCUUUUCAUCACAAGCUUGAAUAUUUAAGUUCUGUACCUAUAACUGUAAAAUAGCCAGGAUUUCUCCUGUUUGUGAUCAGUUGUAAUAAUGCCUUUUUACAAAAUAAAAUAAAUGGCUGAAAAUUAUUGCAAACUAAUUAAAUGAGCUUGUGGGGUUUUUUUGGGGGUGGAGUUUUUUGGGGUUUUUUUGGUGGUUGUUUUUUUGCUUGUUCCUUUCCCCACCAACUCAGGCCUUCUUGUCACAAGUAUGAAACAAAGUCAGUAUACUAACACUUUAAUAAAAUAUAUUUAUGAAAUCACUGUUCAGAAUGCAAAAAUGGGGAAAGGGAACAUUUUUAUUCCAUUUAGUGCCCCCCUUUUUAUUGGAUGCUUCAUAUACAUGUUUUGGUUUUCUAUUAAACUGUCAAUAUUGUGAUUUGUUGUAAUGAAAUGGUGGGAAAUAUUCAGCUAAACUGUGAUCUGGAAAGUUUUUUCCAGUCCAUUGGUUUUAAAGAAGGAGUGUUCAAUAUCUGAACACUUCUGAAUCCAAAUCAGCCCAAAUUUAUUGGAAAUAUAUUUGUUUUCCCUCUUAAAAUGGGCAAUAAUGUCAAAUGUGCUAUGCAGCCAGUUAAUAUUUUAGAUUUGAAUGGCUUUCUAUUAAUAGAAUUAUUAUAAUGCACACUGUUUGUACAUAGAUAACUUGUCUGACAAGUUAAAUUUAAAAGGAUAUGUGAGCUCUUGUUUUCUGCUGGUGUUUGUUUUUCUACAAUGUACCUUUCUCACUUAACCAUAAAAAUAUUAAACUCUUCAGUACUAAAUUUUAAUACACAACAUAAUUAGGGAAGAUAAAUGUCUACCCUGGCAUCAUGUGGUUGGAGCUAAUAUGUUGCUGCAAUUUUUCUCAUCUUGCAAUGUGUUGAGCAUUUUUU